CUUUUAGAAAACCACGUCAAUUCCCCAAUUGUUUGACCUUUUUCAGGUAUAGGAAGCUUUUCUUAUAAUUUACUAUAUUUAUUUAUUAAUAGAAGAUUCCUCGCAAAAAAUUGAUUGAUUCCAACGGUUCUUUAUAUAACUUUAAUACUUUGGUUUACGAUAGCGACAGAAGAUACAUUAAUUAAUAAAGCGAAACCUACAAUCUUAUUCAGUUUAUUAUUUAAUGCUAUGACUGAUAAUGUCUUUAUGGAACCAGAUCCAUGGGCUUCAUCAAGCACUUGGGGAUCUCCAAUUAAACCAUUGACUUACGAGGCUGCUCUAGGAAACUCAUCUAUUCCCUCCCAAUAUAAACAAUACUGGGAAGAAUUUCAAAAGCUUGAUCAAUUUCUUGACCCCGACGCGUCUCUGUACUCGAAAAUUUUUGAAAUUCCAGAUCAUAUAAUUGCUGAAUUCUUAGAAUUGAUUGAGUGUACGAAUGAACCCUUACAACAAAGACAGUUUUACUCCCUUUUAGCACUUGUCGCUUUCUACCAGCUUGGAGUCCCCACCACACUGGAACAAAUCCAAAAACAAAGAAAUGUUUUGCCAAUCCUCCAAAGAUGUGAUAUAAACCCCUCUCUUCUUCACAAUGAAAAUGAAGCUCCCUUAUUUUCUCAACCAUCCACGAUAAGUUCCAAAAAGACAAAGACUAUCCCAAGCCCACUCCUCCUCUCUUCAAACUCUCAAUUGCAAAACUCACCUCCUUUUCCUAAUUUUCCUACUACUCCUUCACCACCAGGAAGAAAUGAGGCUUCAUAUAAUUAUGGAGAUUUAUACAGGCCUUCAACUUCUUCUUUGAAAUCAAAUUACCGUGAUUCUCGUUCUCCCUCUUCCUCUUCCUCUUCCUCUAAGAAGAAGACCGGUGAACAUGCAUCGCGUCCUCCCAAAAAGAUCACUUAUGAUAAUGUUGGUACGACAAAUUCUCCUAUAUAUUUGUCCCAGCCCCGUCGAAGCUCUUCAUUAGAUUCCUUUCCUCAAUCUUUAAUUGAUUCACCCAAGAAUAGCCAGACAAGCUUCAGCCAGCGAUAUACAAACUCGACUCCACUUCCUAAUAGAAAGGAACUGAACGUUGAUAUUGACCUUGAACCUAGUGGUCCUUUCUUUUAUCGUCACAACAAUUAUAUAAUAUCAGAUUCACGCAAUACUCGAGAAGUUCUACGGAGAUACAGUGAUUUCUAUUGGCUUCAUUCUUAUUUGGUUGAAAAGUAUCCUUGGAGAAGAGUACCCCUACUACCUUCGAAGAAAUUCCAUUUUGCCAAGCGAACAGCAUCCAGUAGAAAUACGUUUUUAGAAUACAGAAGACAGGGUCUUUAUGAUUUUGUAAAUGAUGUUGCUUAUCAUCCAAUCUUUUCGCAGGACGAAGUUAUUCAAGUAUUUUUUAAAGAGCCUAAUGUUUUUAAAUCUUGGAGAAAGGAAAACCUUUCUUAUAUAAAGGAAAGCAUCGCUUCUUGUCAUCAAAAUCCAAUGGACUCUGUACCAGAUGUAUCAGAAUCAUGCAAAGAGCGGCUUUUGAAGGCUGCAACAGCUUGCGGAGUAGCAAUUAAUAACCAGGUGAAUAUUAUUAAAAUAUUUGAGAAAGCUAUUUAUACGAUGGACCAUCUUCACGAUGAUGUGAAUCGCCUACAAAAUUCUUUUAAUUGCUUGCUUGACAGUGGCAUUUACCAACGAGUAUUUAAUUCGGAAUUUGCCAAAAGAGAAAGUAAUACCAUGACUUUGGUUAGUAGGCAUGCCUAUAAUGUUGAUACGUUACAGCAUCAGCAAAGUUUCACCUUUAAGAAUUCCUUAAUUACAAAUCUAACCAGGGAAACAAAGAUGCUUAUAUCAUUGAGGCAAUUGAUUGAAAGAAUGGCUAUACCAUUUAAUACUGAUUUAACAAAAAUUAAAUAUUUAAUAUCUAAUGACGAGAAUUUAUUAAGAGAAGCUACGAUACAAGAUUCAACGAACGGAAGAAAUUCUACUAUUCUCAACACCGAAAACCGAAUUGAAACUAACUUGCUCAAGAAGAAACAGUUGUAUGCUGAUACUCUUUGGCAAAGAUUCCAAAUUGACCAGUAUUUAAAUGAAGAAAUAGAGUAUCUGCAAAAUUACCUGUCAAUCCUUGGAAAUCCUUACAUUGAUUAUUGCAAGCAGCGCAUCAGGUACGAGGAGGAAGGAUUAAAUAUAUGGCAAUCCUUAAGUCGUGAUUUCGAAAAUCUGUAUGCUUAAUCCAAUAUAUUGAAAAGUUAAUAGCUAUAAAAAUAUACAAACAAAAAAGAAACUUGUAUGUAAAUAAUAAAACGAGACUUGAACCAGA